AAACCUUCUAGAAGCUUAAGAAAUGCAAAGUUAUGAUUUUUCAUCAGAGUUGGUCCCUGGUUUACCCAGUGAACUCGGUCUCGAGUGCUUAGCGCGGUUGCCUUGUACAGCUCACAGAGUUGCCUUCCGAGUCUGUCACCGAUGGCGGGAUUUGCUCCAAAGCCAGGAAUUUUAUUACCAUCGGAAGAAAUUAGGGUACACUCUUAAAGCCGCUUGCUUAGUUCAAGCCUUUAACGGUGGAAUCGGGAACGGACAUAAAAGGCCCGGUGAGUUACCGAGUUAUGGGGUUGCCGUGGUUGAAUCGGUGAAUCGAUGCUGGUACAAGCUUCCCCCUGUUCCCAAAUACUCAGAUGGUUUACCUUUGUUUUGUCAAUUAGCAAGCUGUGAGGGGAAGCUUGUGGUGAUGGGCGGGUGGAACCCAGUGAGUUACGACCCGGUCACUGAUGUUUUCAUCUACGAUUUCACGACUCAACAAUGGAGACAAGGGAAGGAUAUGCCGUCGAAGAGGUCGUUCUUUGCGAUCGGAGCAUGUUCGGGUCGGGUCUAUAUAGCAGGCGGACAUGACGAGAACAAGAACGCGUUGAAAACGGCGUGGGCUUAUGAUUUGAGAAACGACGAGUGGACUCAGAUGGGUGACCUGAGUAAAGAGCGAGACGAGUGUGAGGGCGUGGUGAUCGGGGAGGACGAGUUCUGGGUUGUGAGUGGGUACGGUACGGAGAGGCAAGGUCAGUUCGACGGGAGUGCUGAUGUUUUCGCGUUCAAGUCGGGUCAAUGGAGGGCGGCCGAAGAGGUUUGGGAACCGGGUCGGUGUCCGAGAUCGAGUGUAGGGAUAGGAAAAGGCGGGGAACUGAUGAACUGGGCGGAGCUGGACCCUGCCGUUCGGGUCGGAUCGCGCGGGAUUACGCUUGGUGACCGGGUCCUGGUUACGGGGUCGGAGUACCAGGGUGGACCUCAUGGGUCCUACAUGGUGGAAAUUACGGGAGGACGAAAUGGUAAACUGGAGAAAAUCAGUUCGCCCGAUGAGUUUUCUGGGUUUGUCCAGUCAGGCUGCUGUGUGGAAAUCUGAUUCACAUGGCAUAAA